GGACGCAUUUAGACGUUGCACACGACGCGUUUCCUGAUUCUUCUGUGUUGAUGUUCACCGAUGUAAUUUCUUUGAGUCAAACGGUAGUACUUUUCUUGUGUUUCUUACCUUUAUUAAGAUGCCAGCACCUUUCCAUUGAAUAAACAUAGAAUAAAAACAAUUUUCUCCGCUAUUCAUCCGUUUGUGAUCUGUGUUUUUUAUUUGGCAUGCUGUCAUCAUCACCAGAUUUGCUGAGGGCACGAGUUUGAUGCUCACUGCUCCAACAUGGAGCACGCAGAUUUGACCACACACAAGAACGGGCGGCAGAGGAAGCUGGCGGGUGCCACCCUCCUACAUGAAACUACGAGGGACAUGGACAGGGAAGAGACAAGCUCAGCUGAACCAGACAUGGAAGAGGAAGCAGAGGGACUCAUCAGAGGGUCAGACUCUGAGGACAGGACGCACAGAGUCUGGCCUGGUAUCCGUGGCGAAUUGGGAAAUGUGUUGCUUCUUCUGUUUCUCUACGUCCUGCAAGGGAUUCCUCUGGGACUUGCUGGUAGCAUUCCUCUGAUUUUGCAGAGUAAGAGUGUCAGCUACAAAGACCAAGCCUUCUUCAGUUUUGUCUUUUGGCCAUUUAGUCUCAAGCUCUUCUGGGCACCACUGGUUGAUGCACUUUACUUCAGCAGGUUUGGUAGAAGAAAGUCAUGGCUGGUGCCCACACAGUACCUUCUGGGCCUUUUCAUGCUAUACCUUUCCAUGACGGUCAAUUCACUGCUACAGAGUGAGGGAGGACCCAAAAUUGUAACACUUACUGGAGUCUUCUUUAUGCUUGCUUUCCUGGCAGCUACACAGGACAUAGCUGUUGAUGGCUGGGCCCUGACUAUGUUAUCCAGAAAAAAUGUUGGCUAUGCUUCUACAUGCAACUCCGUGGGCCAGACAGCUGGCUACUUCAUGGGCAAUGUGCUCUUCCUGGCUCUGGAGUCUGCAGACUUCUGCAACAAAUACCUCAGAACAGAGCCCAAAGACACAGGCAUUGUCACCUUGUCAGACUUCUUGUUCUUCUGGGGAGUGGUGUUCCUGGUCUCCACAACCCUGGUAGCCAUCAUAAAAAGGGAAAAUGAACACGGCAGAGGAAAGAGGAGAGUCCAUGAGGAAACACAGGGCGUGAUGGAAACCUAUAAGCUGUUGUUCUCCAUCAUCAAGAUGCCCACAGUGUUCACCUUUUGUGUCCUGCUUCUUACUGCUAAAAUUGGCUUCUCUGCAGCGGAUGCAGUGACAGGUCUGAAGCUAAUGGAGGCUGGAGUUCCCAAGGAGCAGCUGGCAUUGCUGGCAGUACCCAUGGUGCCUCUGCAGAUUCUGCUACCUCUGGUCAUCAGUAAAUACACAGCAGGGCCCAGGCCUCUGGAUGUCUUCUGCAAGGCCUUCCCUUUUAGGUUACUCAUAGGACUCGAGUAUGCUCUGCUGGUGUGGUGGACCCCCAGUGUAAAACAAGACGGAGGGUUUCCUGUGUACUACUAUGCUACAGUGCUACUUAGCUAUGCAGUGCAUCAGGUGGCGUUGUACAGCAUGUACGUGGCCUGCAUGGCCUUCCAUGCCAAAGUGAGCGACCCCCUCAUCGGUGGAACAUACAUGACCCUGCUGAACACAGUCACUAACCUCGGUGGAAACUGGCCCUCCACUGUGGCUCUGUGGAUGGUGGAUCCACUGACCUCUAAGGAGUGCCAGGGGGCUGUGGGGCAGAGCUGUGGCUCUCCAGAGGAGGCAGGGCUGUGCAUGAUGGAGGGCGGCACUUGUGUGACAACACUGGACGGCUACUAUGUGGAGUCAGUGGUGUGUGUUGUGAUUGGUUUAGCUUGGUGGGUGUGGCUAGGGAAGAAAAUGAGGCAGUUGCAGGACCAGAGCCCUGCUGCGUGGAGGUGCAGAGCUAAUCAAUGAUGACGCUCUUAUCAUUAGUACCACAGACUGUUGCAUACUCUGCUCCAACAACAACACCUGAGUAGUCCUGUAUCUCCACUCUCAUCCGCCUGGUUUAGUCCCUCUGGUCCUGCUCUAGCUGCUACUUUCAGAAAACACUCACUCUCACACUUUCUCACCUCUGUCACAUUUGAGUACAUAAGUCUCAUAAAAGACACCGGCGUCUCUCUGGAGGUAAGAAUCCUUCUCAUCAUCAGCUGUUACCAGUACCCUGAAAACUAAAAACAGUCAUGUUAGCUAAGAACUUUUGUAGAUUUUUUAUUUUUGUUGUUGUUCUGAAACUCCAUCUUGCUGCUUGAAACGGCCAAACCAGAGCUGGGUCAAAGAGUAUGUUCAGACAGCUUGCUGGUAGGGGUGGGUAAUCUGGUCAAAAAAUAACAAUCACAAUUGACUUAUUUGCAAUCAUGUUCCACAAUAUAGGUUUUAAAUUCUUUUUCUCAAUAUUUGCAUGCCCUUCAGAUUAUAGCCAGACUUGAAAUGGCCAAUAAAUUUCCCCAUUUUCACCAUUAAAGCUGGUUCCUUUUUGACGAACUUCUCACCUGUCGUGUCGCUAGCUGUACCUCACAUUGCUUUGUUUGUAAUGUGUUACCCAAGGAAGGGCCAUGUGAAGUAAUUUGUCCAGUCAGCAUCAGCCAUCUUGUUGGCUGCAUCACUGGUAUGUCCAUGUAGUUCUCAACUGCUAGUUGGUGAGGUUUGGACACAGAAGUAAAAGGACAUUAAAUACUGCAAACUAUGGCUGUCUUCAGAUCACCCACCCCUACUUUCUGGCCUGAUUUUAACCUGCUCAGAUAACCAGAUUGUUGAGAGAAGCCUGUCUGUGCUGGUUUUGCCUUUUCUGCUUUACCAAACUCUGUACUUCAGACUCUGACUUGUUUGCCUUCCUGGUCAGUCACCAUUUAAUGUAAACUCCAAGGAUACUUAAGGGAAAAGACAGGAAAACAUACACAUGCACGCCUACCAGCUUCCUGUAAGCACUCGUGUGGAUACGGUUUCCUACUCUUCUUGAACUCUCCUGAUGCUGUUUAAAUCAACCCAUCUGUCAAUCCAAGUGAGUGAGACCCAGUGUGAAGAAUAACUUUCAUUCCUGUUUUACUAGGAUCUGAAGCAAUGCUUUUUUUUUUUGUUUGUUUUUCCUCUGAAGUAAUUUGUGCCUUGUUUAGUUUUUCUGAACAAUUCAAAAUCAACCUUGUUGGAGCUGCAGUCAUAUAACGAAGGCAGGGAAUACUACAGUAACUUGAAGAUGAUGUUGUGAAAUUGAUGAAAACUCAAUGUGUGACACUGUUUUUGGUAAUAUACGCAACAUGAAUGCU